CGUAACGUCACUUCACUUCACGAAUGAAAGAAUUCCUGAGUUGAGGUUACCAUCGGUUAUGAACGCAGCCAGUCUAGAAAUUCAGGCCAAAGGUGAAAGUUUUUGAAACUUAGGUAGUUCUCGCAUAUUCCCGAUGUAAGCAGUGUGCCCAAUGUCGUUCAUCCUGAAGCAUCCUGUCACUCGAUAAACCUCAUCCCCCGUGAGAGAAAAUAGAAAAGUGAAAAGAUUUAAAAGACAUGUCCAUCAACAACUCAGUGUUGACGAUUGUCAGGAGAGCGAAUGCACUUUCUGCUCUACUUCGUGACAGAAAUCUGGUGCUCCGGGAGGCGCAGAGGGGGUAUCUACCCCAGAGGAGUGACGAUGAACCCAGAAGUUGGAGAUGCUAUGCCACCAGAGUGGCCACCAAUCAGAAACCCGAUUGGAACAGAGCUGUGUCGGAAGCUGAGAAAAUUGUGGGAUAUCCAACUUCGUUUUUGAGUCUACGGUGGCUUCUCAGUGACGAAAUUGCCAAUGUUGCUCUGCAUCUGAGGAAACUGGUGGGAUCCAAUCAUCCACUGUUGAAGACAGCGAAAAGUCUCAUUUACAAUGGAAGGAACAAUAUGCAGGCAUGGGGCCUGAUAGUCCUCUUAAUCUCGAAGGCAGGUGGGCACCUGAAUGUCGAUGAUAUGGAGGAGGACAAGGCGGCAGGAGUGCUCCACAGUCAGAGAGCACUGGCUGAAGUCACUGAGAUGAUUCGCACGAGUCAUUUAGUUCAUAAGGGACUUGUCAAUAUCCAGCCCGGAGUCUUCCCAGACGCUGCUGAGCACAAUGACAUGACUUUUGGGAACAAAAUUGCUCUUCUCAGUGGAGAUUACCUCCUGGGGAACAGCUGUGCUGAACUCGCAGCACUCAGGAAUCAAGAUUUAGUUGAAUUAAUGUCAAGUGCAGUUCGAGAUCUGGCAGAAGCGGAAUUUCUUGGCCGUAGGGACAGUCAGAAUAAUGCACUACCUCCAGUACCCCCUGAGGAUCGAAGUGGCUAUGCUGUGAGAGAGUGGACUCUUCAGAAUGUCACGAGUGCUGGCUCACUCCUUGGAAAAUCGUGUCAAGGUACUCUGAAGCUCGCUGGACAUGACGAGGAUCUGCAAAUGCAGGGGUACAAUUUUGGAAAACACUUGGCUCUUGCUUGGCAGGCAUGUCUCGACUUGAGUCCAUUCAUCAGCAAGGAGGAUCCAGCAUCUCCAUUCAAUCUCUGUUCAGCCCCAGUGAUGUUCCACAUCGAGCACGAUCCAUCAAUUCUAACCGAGAUCGAUAAAGGUCUACAAUCCGUCCAAAACGUUGAUUAUGCAAAGGUGUACGACAGUGUUACCAAGGGCCCAGGUGUCGAGCUGACGAAGCAGUUACAGAAGGACCACUCACAACAAGCAAUGGAAGUCUUGAGUGUCUUCCAAGAGAGUGACGCCAGAACUGCGUUAUCGAACAUUAUUGCAGCCAUGGGUGAUUUUUAGCAAAUGGCUGAACA